UGGCAAGAGGAGCGUGAGAUGAGGGAUCGGAAGGAGAGUCCAGAAAGUUGUAAUCCGCGAGCCGGAGGAGCACAUGGCAUGACAGAAAUUGAUGUAUAUAUAUGGACGCAAGGGCGUGUGGUUCCAUAAUUCAAUCAAUCUUUAGCCUUCUUCCACCGCCGAUCUUGUAGCUGACCGGGUCUCAGUAGGCACGCCCCCAUAUCGUCAUCUUUCAUGGGCCUUUCCCUUUCUCUUCCUCCAUGGCUCGCUCCAUCCCUUUGCUAUCUGCCCCUUUUCUUUUGAUCCUUUACAGAUUACCUAUCACCGGCCUUCAUCUUCUUCUCAUCUUUCUCCAUUCCCUCUUAUAACUCUUACCCAUCCUUCUCCUCUCUGUGUUUUUCUUUCAUUAAAUCUUCCUUUCCGCUUCCCGUCCUUCCGGAAAAUCAUAUAUCUCGUCCGAUCCGAUUUACAACAGGGGAAAAAAAAGGAGGAAGGAUUUGAAUGGCAUCGGUGUUCCUGUACCACGUGGUGGGGGAUCUGACCGUGGGAAAGCCGGAGCUGGUGGAAUUCCCUGAGACGGAGACCGUGGAGUCGGCAAUUCGGGCUAUAGUAGAUUCGCCAGAGGGCAGUAUACCCGUCUGGAAAAAGAGAUCACACUUGGCCAUCAUCGAGAAUAGUGAAAUGAAGCAGCAGAGAUUUGUCGGCAUCCUCAAUUCCUUAGAUAUAGUUGCAUUCUUGGCAAAGAGCCAGUGUUUCGAGGAUCGGGAUAAGGCCUUGAACGCCCCUGUUUCUGAGGUUGUCGUUCGAAACAAUUCACUCUUGAGGCUGGUCGAUCCUGCAACAAGGUUGAUAGAUGCACUGGAUAUGAUGAAGCAAGGGGUAAGACGUCUGCUUGUUCCAAAGAGUAUAGCAUGGAAAGGCAUGAGUAAGCGAUUCUCAAUUCUCUACAAUGGCAAGUGGCUCAAAAAUACUGAAACUCCUAACAGCAGCAGCAACAAUUUACCUGCAAACAAGAAUUGGGGUUCCUCGUCUUCCCACAGUUAUAUUCGUGACAAAUUCUGCUGUCUCUCUAGAGAAGAUGUCCUUCGCUUUAUCAUUGGUUGCCUUGGAGCUCUGGCUCCACUUCCUCUCACCUCUGUAGCUGCUCUUGCAGCAAUUAAUGCAAACUAUAAUUUUAUUGAAUCCUCAAGUCCAGCGAUUGAAGUGACUCGAAAGCUUCCUGAAGAUCCAAGUGCAGUAGCGGUGGUAGAAAGCACACAAGACGGUCAGCAUAAGAUCAUUGGAGAGAUUUCUGCAUGUAAAUUAUGGAAAUGUGAUUACUUAGCCGCAGCUUGGGCUCUAUCCAAUCUCACAGCUGAGCAGUUUGUUAUGGGAGUUGAGGACAAUGUUUCACCAAGAUCAGCGCCUGAGUUGUGUGUAAAUUCGACGGCUGGUGAUGAUAAUGUAGUUAAUGGUGGUAGUUCAAGAAGACCAAGGAAAUUCAGUAGCAGGAAUGUUGGUUUCUUCAGUAAUCCUGCAAACCCUUGUGCCGGAGCCAAUAGGAGCAUGUAUAGAGGAAGAAGUGCACCUUUGACUUGCAAAAUUACUAGUUCACUGGCUGCUGUCUUGGCUCAGAUGCUAUCUCACAGGGCAACUCAUGUGUGGGUGACCGAGGAUGAGAGCGACGAUGUUCUAGUUGGCGUGGUUGCUUACGCUGAUAUUUUGGCUGCUGUAACCAAAUCACCUGCAGCUUUCAUUGUUUCCAAUAGAUCAACUGAGGGGUUCGGAAAUGAAAUUCAGACGCCCAGUUGAGUCUUUUAUUCUUUUCUCCUGUUCCUUGCUUUUAUCUUUUCUGGGAGUCGAUGUCUUGUGCUUUGUUUGUUUGAGUCUUCCUACGACUGAGCUUCGUAGUUGUUUGCCUCUUUAUGUUGGAGUCAAUCAAAUAUCAUCAUCUCCAUGUUUAUAAUAAAACACGCAUGCUGUGUAGUGAAAAAUAUAAAUAAAAGAUGGGUUUAAAGGACACGUUUCUAGUUUUCUACCA